AUGAAAAUAUCCAUAUUUAAUUUACUAAUAAUAUUAACUAUAAUAAAUAAAACUUUCGAAUAAAAUACCGAAUUCUAAUAUUUAGACGAAUCUGGAAAUAUAAAACAAGUUUAUAAUUUCACUGAGUAUUAUUAUGAGCGAAUUCAUACAAUAAAGUUAAAAGGCAGCACCGAAAAGCUUAUAUAUUGGGCUGAUAUAUAUGUUGGUGUUCCCCCUUAAAAAUAAUCCGUAAUAGUAGAUACAGGGAGUAAUAGAUUAUCUUUUCCAUGUAAAGGAUGUAAGAGUUGUUCAUAGAAGCAUGAAAAUCCAAAUUUUAAUUUUGAAAAUUCUCUUACUUUUUCCUUUUUGACUUGUAAUGGGAAUUAAUAAAUGAAUUUUAAAUGUAAAUGUAAUUUAAAAUAAGGUGAUAAAAAAUGCUAAUGGGAAAGUGGUUUUGCAGAUGGUUCGGAGCUUAAUGGCUUUUUGGCCGAAGACAUUGUAGUUUUGGGAGAUUAAAUGGAAAAAUAUGAUUACAAUAAUGAAAAUUAUAUAUAAUAUAUUAAACAUGAAGGAGUUAAGACCGUUUUCGGAUGCACUGAUGUUGAAAGUUAAGCAUUUUAAUUAUAAGAACCGAACGGAAUUCUAGGUUUAGGACCAGAUACGAAUAAUUUAUAAAUUCCGCCGAAUUUAGUGGAAAAUAUAUUUUAAUAACAUUCAAAAAAUUAAGAAAUUUUAGCGUUUUCACUUUGCUUAAAUUAAAGAGAAGGAGGCUACAUGAGUAUUGGAGGAUAUAACUACGAAUUACAUAAGUAAAAUGCUAAAACCUAAGUUAUUUCUUACAAAGAUAGUUAAAAAUAAUAUACAGUAGAUGUUUUGAGUAUAUAAGUAUGUUUUUUUUAUUAUAUAUAUGUAUAUAUAUAUAUAUAUAUAUAUAUAUAUAUAUAUUUAUAUAUAGAUAUAUAUAUAUAUAUAAAGAUGAAUGGAAUCAAAAUUAUUGAAAAAAUCCCAAAAGCUAUUGUAGAUUCCGCACUUGUAAAACAUAUAAAUGAAAAUUGCUAAAAAUGUGGUGGUAAAUAUAGUAAUGAUAAUUAUUAAACUAAGUUUUUAUACGAUUUUUAGUAUUAUCCUCGGUUAAUAGAUUUUUUUAAUAGUUUUCCUUUUUUUGAAUUUGAAUUUGAAAAUAAUGUUAAAAUUAAACUUGGAGGUGAGUCAUAUUUAUUUGUUCAUCCUGAUGAAAAAAAUAGAAAUCUUUAUUAAUUUGCCUUUUAUGGGGUUUCUGAGGAUAAGACAUAUUUAGGAGGCCCUUUUAUGAAAAAUUAUGAUAUUUUAUUUGAUAGAUAAAAUAAAAAAUUACAUUUUACAGAAUCUAAUUGCAGUUAAGAGAAAAUUUCGAGUAAUUUAAUGAACUUAAAUAGUAUUUAAAUUAAAAAGACAGUAUAAGAUAUUUAGUUUAUUAAACAAGUUUAAAAAUUUUAAGAAAAAUUAAAUAUUUUAAAAUAAUAGGAAUAAAAAUAAAAUGAAAUUAUAAAUAUAGAUUAAUAAAAAAAUAAAAGUAAUUUUUUUUUUGUUAAUAAUAAAUAAAAAAAAAAAAAACAUAUUUUUUUAGUUUUUUAUUCGUUUUUAAUUUUAAUUUUUGUGGCUAUUUUAAUCUUUAUUGUAUAUAAAAUUUAUACAUGUAACUAAUAAUAAAAAAUGGAAGUAAAAAAUAAAUUUUACAUAUAAGAAACGAAUAAUGAAGAAAUUCCUAAUAUAAUGUAAUCUGAUAAUUAAUAAAUAUAAAAAAAAUGA